UACCGAAGCCAGAGUUGGACCUGAUCCUCCAGAGGUGAUGUGACUGGGGCAGAGGACGGCAGGGCUGCGACCUCCCUCUUCCCCACCCCCUGAUGUGGAGAUGCCAGACACGUGGAACGGGUCCUCAGAGGGCCUGGGCACCCAAGGGGCAGUGGGUGUCGUGGUCCCCGUGGUCUUUGCCCUCAUCUUCCUCCUGGGCACAGUCGGCAAUGGGCUAGUGCUGGCCGGGCUGCUCCGUCCCGGUCAGUCCAAGGGCAGCCCCACCGACUUGUUCAUCCUCAACCUGGCCGUGGCCGAUCUGUGCUUCCUAGUGUGCUGCGUGCCCUUCCAGGCUGCCAUCUACACCCUGGACAGCUGGCCUUUCGGGACCUUCGCCUGCAAGGCUGUGCACCUCCUCAUCUAUCUCACCAUGUAUGCCAGCAGCUUCACUCUGGCAGCUGUCUCCGUGGACAGGUACCUGGCUAUCCGCCAUCCCCUGCGCUCCCGGUCCCUCCGAACGUCCCAGAAUGCCUGGGCUACCAUCGGCCUGAUUUGGCUCCUGGCCCUCCUCUUCUCGGGGCCUUACUUCAGCUAUUACUGGACAGUACAGUACGGGAGGCUGGUGCUGUGUGUGCCCGGCUGGGAGGACGAGAGUCGCCGGGCACUGGACCUGGUCACUUUUGCCGUAGGAUACCUACUGCCCGUGGCCGUGGUCAGCCUGGCCUAUGCCCGCAUCCUCUGCUUCCUCUGGGCGGCCGUGGACCCCAGGAGCCCAGCCUUGGAGGCCCGGCGCCGGGCCAAAGGUCGGGCCGGCCGAGCCAUGUUGGCGGUGGCCGCCCUCUUUGGCCUCUGCUGGCUGCCCCACCACGUGGUCAUCCUGUAUUUCUGGUUUGGCCACUUCCCCUUCAACUGGGCCACCUAUGCCUGUCGCCUAGCUUCCCACUGCCUCUCUUAUGCCAAUUCCUGCCUCAACCCCCUCGUCUAUGCCCUGGCCUCCAAGCACUUCCGGAAACGCUUCCGCCAUCUCUGCCCCUUCUGCUGCCAUGGACACCGCCACCAAUGGCUUCCAGCCCAAGGAUCUGGUCCUCCAAAGCGGGCCAGGGUCCACCGUCGGGUGCACGCAGCAUCCCUCGGGCUAGCUCCCCUCCCCGGGAGGGACGCAUGCUCUGUGAUUCCCCAGCCCCAGGAGGAGGGGGCCCACCCCUCCCGCGUGAGAGGGCAGUCCCCCAUAGAGGGGAAAGAGAGGGAGCUGCUUCCCGAAGUUUGCUAG